AAACAAUUGACUGAUGCUUCCAAUCAUAACCCUUCCAAUAAGUUUUGUCGUAGUCGGGUAAAAAGUUAUAGGUAAAGAAAUAGCCGGAUACGCACGAUCGGCUUUGCGCCUGUAAUCUCAUUCGCGGCAAAUCUGUUUAUGAGAAGCCGUACUAAUUAAAACCUUGAUAAAGGCUGCGUGGUUGAUAAAUAGAGAGGAAAGUAAUCCGAUUACUAAUUAAUAAUUGUGUAUCUAAUAUAAAAUUAAAUUUAUUACCUUGAUAGCUUACUUCGGAACACAAUCGCUUGCAUGUGAUAUUAAGUAUCUUUUUUCCAUGAUAUUACUUUAGUUUAAGACAAUUCUUUUAUAAAUUUUAGUACUAUAAUAAUAAUACAUUUUAUUCAGAUCAAAUUCAGAUGCUGAGCGUCAGCAAUUUUAUUAUUUUUUGAACUACAUGUAGUUGUAAUCCAACGGUUCGAAAAACAUUAUCUUGCAACGAAACGAAACGCUUUUGACGUCUACUGUCAAACACCCACAGCUGCAAAACGACAUCGAAAAUAUCAUAAAAACCUGCGAAGCGGACGGUUCCGUGUCUUUCGAAUAUCUAAAUCGCUCCUUGAUUAAAUAAAGACCAAAUUAAAGCAAUAAUUAAAAUAAAACAGCAUUUGUAAAACCUAAUAAAAUGUGAUCUUGUGAUAGUUCUAUGAGAAGUGGCAGUUUAUCGCUGAACAAACAUUAUCGGCACGGAUGGAAUGUCUCUGGUUUGUGCAGACGCGCGGGUAUGAUGGUGGUGCGGUUGAACCUGCGCGUGGCGUUGGGCGCGCUGUGCUGCGCCGUGCUCGCGCUCACGCUGUUCUGGGCGCGCUGCGGGGAGCUCAGCCGGCCGCCAGUCGGUUCGAUGCUGUCAAACGCGUUGACCGAGCGAACCGCGCGCGAUGAGAUCGAAUGUUCGAUUAACGGCGAAUAUUCGAUCGCUUGUCGCAGGGACCAGGAUGAUGUGUACGUGCCGUUCAACUUCAUAAGGAAAUACUUCGAGAUAUAUGGGAAAGUAACAUCAGUGGAUGGCGUCGAGAAAUUCGAAUGGUCUCACAGCUACAGCAAAAUCUACCACCCGAAGAAAAAGUACGAUCCGCGGGGCACCUUCGUUACCUUCGAGAACUACAACGUCGAAGUCCGAGACCGCGUCAAAUGCGUGAGCGGGACGGAAGGUGUUCCCGUCUCAACGCAAUGGGAGCCUAGAGGAUUCUAUUACCCAACGCAGAUAGCUCAAUUUGGCUUGUCACAUUACAGCAAGAACAUAACAGAGCCUGAACCAAGAAUAAGGGUCUUAGAUGACAGUGAGAAGUAUUUAGAAAACUGGAUUGUCAGUAAAGACGCGUCAUUGUCAAGGGAAUUUGAUGAUAAAGUGCGUUCAAAUGUGUUGAAGUUUUCGACGACGGAGUUAGCUUCGAGCCAAGUGUGGUUGAAAGUGAAUAUUAGUCAGGAUUUUGUGUUGAGUGUGGAUGUGCUGUUGAAGCCGAAUUCAUCGUUAACGGUGGUGCUGCAGAAUAAGGAGAGGAAAGAGACUGCUUAUUUGCAUUAUGUUACGAAUACUCAGAUGAUUUAUGCUCAGGAGGAGCAUAUAUACUACGGCAUCGGCGCAGAGGCAAUAUGGCGGCGGCUGACGCGCGACCUCAUCGUCGACAUGCAAAAAGGAUGGGCGCUGCUCGACCGGCCCAAGCGGAAGUCGCCACGAACCAAGUUUAAGAUAUCCAGCAUAAUCCUUAGCGGCAACGGCUCGCUCGACAACAUGACCAUAAGCACGAGCGCACACAUGGAGCAGUUCUACGCGGCGGCGUCCUGGCUGGUGCGGCGCCAGCGGGCCCGGAGCGGAGGCUGGCCCAUACCCGUGCGCCGCCGAGUGGCGGCGGGGGUCACUGACCUGCGGCCGGGCUGGCACUCAGCAAUGAGCCAAGGACACGGUAUCUCGCUCCUGGCCAGGGCGUUCCACCGCAGCGGAGACGCUGCGUAUUUGCGAGCGGCCAAGAAGGCCCUUUACCUGCUCGACGUACCGAGCCACGCCGGCGGCGUUAAAGCUAUGUGGAUGGAUAAGCAUGUUUGGUACGAAGAAUACCCAACAAAACCGCCGCUAUUCGUCCUAAACGGCUUCAUAUACACGCUCCUCGGCCUCUACGACCUCCACGUGAUCGAAGGUGAGAACUCCAUCUCCCUCGCCAAGAAGAUGUUCGACGACGGCAUGGCGUCACUCAAGACACUCCUUCCAUUGUUCGACACGGGCAGCGGGAGCUUUUACGACCUGAGGCAUUUCACGCUCGGCGUAAGUCCUAAUAUUGCACGAUGGGAUUACCACGCUACUCAUGUGAACCAAUUGUACUUACUGGCGGGGUUAGACGAUGACCCCAUAUUGAUAAAUACCGCUAAAAGAUGGGAAGGGUAUAUGCAGGGGAAAAGGGCAGCUCACAAUUGAGCCAAGUUGAAUAUUACGUUGUAAUAAGACAUAUUUACCAUUGAAAUUGGUUUAUGUGCUGAGCUUAGGCAUUUCAGGCUUGGCGUGAGUCCUAAUAUAGCACUAUGGGAUUAUCAUGGCACUCGUGUGAAUCAAUUGUAUUUGCCAGCGGGACUAGACGAUGAUCCAAUUUUGAUGCAGGGCAAAAGUGUAACUCAUAAUUGAGCCAAGUUGAAUCUUAUUGGGUUGUAAUAAGAACUAUUUACCUUCGAUGCAGAAAAAGGAAAAAAAAGCAUCUCACAAUUGGGCUGUUUUGAGCCUAAGUCCACUAAUAAUAAAGAUGGUUUCCGCUCUUUUCGAUUCUGAAAGUCAAAUCCGCAUAAUCAAAGGAGAAUUCAUCUAUAGAGACUUGAUAAAUUAUAUGCAAGGCCAUUUAACCGUACAUAAUUCAGCCAAUAUGAACUGUACGGUAGUUAAAGACUAUUUUAUCUAAUUUAAACUGUCAUAAUUUAUACUAAGACUAAGCUAAUUUUACGGUUACGGCAACUCAUGUGUUUUUUGUCACUUUCGCGACAUGUUUCGGAGAGCUUAGGUCUCUUUCAAGCACUAACAAGCGCGAGUGAUUAAAAAUGCGUCAGUUCAACCAUAUAAUUCGCUUAGUGUUACUAUUUUAUCUAUUCAAUGCCGGUUGCUGUCUAUGAUCUGAGACAUUUCAUGUCAGUCAAUCCAACAACCUUAUCUGAACCAAAUAUGGGUGGGCGAAAUCCCAAAGUGGACGUUUAAAGCAGAUUUGUGAAAAAUCUUAUGGUCAACGAAAAAUCGAACGCUCCGUUGACCGAGGCAACUCUUGCGUUACGAGUAUUAUGAAAAUGAAGCACUUAAUCGAAUCGUCGAUGUCGGUUUUGAAUCGGGAACAUUAUUGAACGAUUUAUCUAUAUAAAUACAGGUAAUACGUGUGCACAUUAUUAAGUAGUUUAUGUAUAUACGCUGAACAAAUGCGAAAGACUAGUAUCAUUGUAAUAAAUAGCUGCUAUUCAAUAAAGAUAUAUUGAAUAAUAUUUAGAAUGAAAUGCAACUCUAUUUAAACUAGUUUAAAGUUGAUAUUUGGAUACUCAAUUUUCAACAUAUCUUAGUAUUGAACUUGAAAACUAAGUAAGGUCAACACAGGUAAGUGUGGUUGCAGGCUAACUGUAACUGGCCUGCGCACAGAGGCCUGAUUCUACACAUUGAUUAAGUAGUGUUUAGUGCGAGUUUAUACAUUUGUCAUAAAACGCAAGGAGCAAAUAUAAAUGUAUGAACUCGCAAUGAACACUCAUCAAUGUGUAAGCAGGACCUUAUGUGAAUGAUAGCCACACUUACCUCGCAGCCAAACUUACCCGUACUGACCUCAUAUUAAAAAGUUUAAGUAACUUUUAUAUUCUGCGACGGUACUAAAACUUAUGAAUAGUAUUUUAGGAAUGAAGAUGCCAAAAGACUUGGGUUGGGUUGUGGAUGGUGUUAUGCAUGCAAUUUAAAUAAGAUCCAUACGGGUAAGUGCGGCAUACGGUUACGCGUAGCUGGCCUUGACAUUGGGCCUGUGUUACCCAAUCAUUAGUUCAUGGUUUUGCUAAUUAUUACUUGCGUUUAGUGGCAAAUGGACGAACUCGCCAUAAACACUAAGCAAUUUGUAAACAAGCCCCAUUCUGAAGGCCAGCUACACUUACCCGUAUGCCACACUUAGCCGUAUUGACCUUACUUGGUUCUUUUCUGCAUAACACUAUCUGCUGGUGAUCACUGAUGUACCUUUCUAGCAAACAAAUUUGUAGUAAGUAUAAAAAGUAUUUCCAGUAACUAUCGGUACCUUUGAUUUGAGUCGUUAAAUCUCUUUUUUUUUCUAUGAUAUAAAUUACAAGGCAAAAAAUACUUUAUCUUCCGGUCAGAAAGUUUGUCAAAAAAUUUACACGUUUGUAAAAUAUUUUUUUAUUUCAAAAGAGGUUUUACUGUUGUUAAUAAAAAUUAAUAAUAUCAAAGAGAAUUUGAAAUAGAGGUGGAUUGUCAAAGAGAACUUUGUAGCCACAAAAAAUUUACUGCCAUCUUUCGACACAUGAUUAAAACAUUUAGAACGCCAUUAUUUUGACUUUGAUCCUUAUUCUUUUACUUAUAUGUGUUAAAUUUGUUAAAUAUCAAAAAGUGGCGCCAUCUAAUAGAUCAAAAGCCGAAGGUAUGGCAGCCUCGUUCCGAGCAAUGGCGCCAUAACCUUUAGCUUGUGCCCGGUAAGAUGGCGCCAAUUAUUGAUAUUUAACAAGUUUAACACAUAUCAGUGAAAGAAUAAGGAUCAAAGUCAAAUGGCGUUCUACAAGUUUUAAUCAUGUGUCGAAAGAUGGCAGUAAAUUUACGUGGCUACAAAGUUUUCUUUAACAAUACACCUCUAUUUCAAAUUCUCUUCGAUAAUAUACAGAGUGAAUACGCAGAUCAUACAGAACCACUUUUAAUAUGCGGCCAACCCCGGAAACGCAAAAAAACUGCUGCCUCAUGCAUUUCGACGUUGUAUCGUUCUAUAUGUCAAUGUUGUCUAUGGAACACCAGAUUUAUUCUCGGGGUCGGCUAUAUAGUAAAAAUUAUUCAGUGUGAUCUACAUAUUCGCCCCUCUAGACUAUGUUCAGACAAGAUCAUCCUGUAUAACGAAUACAUGGUUAAAGAUAAAUGCCUCUGUUUACAAUCUUGUCCAAAUCACAUGACGGAAUGUUAUGCCUAUAGGGAGCGUGCAUGAACUGUAGGAGGCAGCACAGGAGCCAUCAGAUUUUUGGCACGAGGCGUAAAUGUGAUGUUUUUUGUUCCGAUGUAGCCCACAAGAUGGCAGAACCUACUAUGCACAAGAAAACACGUGACGUGUACAUGUGCAUGUUUAUGGUUCCGAUUCAGGCCACAAGAUGGCAGACCCUCCAACGCGCACGGUCCCUAUAAAAGUUAUUUUAAUUGGUCACUAAACAUUGUCCUUUUUUCGUGUCUUUGUAUACCUAUACACACAACUAUACAUAUAUUAUACAGUUGUGUAUAAAAGACAUAUCUUUAAGUAGGAUUUCUAAUAAAAGGUAUAGUUGGUAAGGUAUUUAGUCGUAGUAGCGAGUGGUCCCUAGAUAUGGCGAAAUGUCUAAAUAAUAUGUCAAAUGCCACAUCUUUGUAUUAAGAGUCACACAAACCCAGCGCCGAAAGACCGCUCUCAUACAAUUAAAAUUAGUAUAUUAAUAGAGGUGUAUCAAAGAAAACUUUGUAGCCACAUAAAUUUACUGCCAUCUUUCGACACAUGAUUACAACUUUAAGAACGCCAUUUGACUUUGAUCCUUAUUCUUUCACGGAUAUGUGUUAAAUUUGUUAAAUAACUAAAAGUGGUGCCAUCUUAAUAGAUCAAAGGCCAAAGGUAUGACAGCAUCUUUUCGAGCGACGACGUCAUAACCUUUAGGUUGUGUCCGGUAAGAUGGCGCCACUUUUUGAUAUUUAACAAAUUUAACACAUAUCCGUGAAAGAAUAAGGAUCAAAGUCAAAUGGCGUUCUUAAAGUUGUAAUCAUGUGUCGAAAGAUGGCAGUAAAUUUAUGUGGCUUCAAAGUUUUCUUUGACAAUACACCUCUAUUACAAAUUCUCUUUGUUUUCAAUGCAACGUUGAUGACUAGGUUUGAAAAUGACAGUACUAUUUGAACACAAAACUUUCCAUACGGCCCUACGAAGGUAAACAGAAGGGUUCCUCUAACGAACGCACAUAUUUUACCUCGUGUUGUUGUGAAUUAUUUACCCCGCUUAUUCUAAGAUUAAACACACAGGAUGUCAAAAGCACUGCUAUCUGUUUAAAGGGUCAUUAAUCUUUUUAUUAUUUUGCUUUAUGCGUCUUUCCCGUGGACAUCAAUCUUUAAAGCUAGAUUUUCUUACGGGACUCCCAUAAAGGCAUGUAUAAACCUGCUAAUUCUUAAAAUGAAAGCGUGCGUUGCGUAAAAAUAUUUUCUAUAGUGUUAAUAUCUAUAGAGGAAAAUGGGGACACGUUUGUUAGCUGUAGGAUGAAAUCCUUAGUAGAAUCAGGUGGAAUGUACCCAAGUCGUUCGGCCACGGGAAAGACGCAGGAAUGUUGAUGACCCAAAAACAUUACUGUAAGACUGAUGUUUGACUUGUAUGUAUGUUUGUUUUUUGUCCGCACUUACAUACUCGUGACGAAUAGGACUGUCGUACGUCAGGACCACUGACAUGUUGUUGGUCUUCAACUAACCACCAGAAGCUAGAUUUAGGCAAAAAUAAUCGACUGUAAUAUAUAGGUAAAGUCUAAGAAAAAAACUCGGCUUUAGUUUGACAUCCAAAACAGUCGGAGAAUUGUCAAACGUCAACUUUCAGAGUUAAUGCAAAUCGUAUGGAUCUGUACAGCGCCAUCUCGUUUACCUGUGAAAUUCGAAGCACGAAAGUGUCUUAAAUUUUACACAUCUUAAUCAAUGUAUCUUUGAUAUAGGGAACAUUGGAGUUGGGCAGGAGAAAUAAAAAAAUAAUUUCAGAAACGACCGUCUAAGAAAUGUCAGAAUUUUACCCGGAUUUUUGUCAGGAUAUUCCAAUUUUUCUUAUGACUAAUUUUUAUCAAGCGGAAAUGACUGCGAGCGUUAGUACAUUUUUUUAAUUAAAGGAAAAGUUUAAAAAUUAACACCGCCAGCACGACUCGAACCUGCGAACAUUGGAACACCGGUCCAAUCGCUUCUGUCAACUGAGUCACGUAGGCCUGCCAGAUGUGUGCGAAUUUUCUUAUUCGUUCCCUCAAUACUUAAACGCCUUAGGGUGGCGUAUAGCAACAUCUACCUGUCUGUCUCCUGCCUGACUGUCUGUGUAGGGUGGUUCUUCUGACAACCCUAGUGACGAAUGAUAAACGUUCUAGGCAAAAGAGCGAGAACUCGGGCUUCUGUGUUCGCUAGUCGGCUCGCCACGAGUAUGUAAACGCGGAUUUAAGAGGCUGUCAACACCCAAUGUCCUUGAAAUUGACGUUACUUAAACAGUUUUUUAAGAAAGACUAUUUGUUUUAGUCAAGUAAGAAAAAUAUAUGUUCAUAUUAAUUAUAUUUCAAAGACCGUGGUUGUACUCGAUACAUGAUUGAACGAAAUCGGCUCGAUAGAAAAUAAUUGCAAAGAUUGGUCUUAAAAUGACAAUUAAACGGUUUUAUGUCUGCAAUUAAAAUCACAAUUUCAAAACAUUUAUAUCUAAACCGCUUUUCUUUUUUUCCCUUUUUUUCUUAUUAUUCCCUUGCCCAGGCCCAGUAACAUGCGACAGUGCUAUCUCAUUUACUCCGAUACAAAUAGACAGUGUGCGCGCUUUAGGUAUUGACAGCCUCUUAACUAAGCAAGGGAGCCUAUUUUUGCCAACAGACUGUUAUACGGUUUGGCGGAAGAUACGUGUAAGUGUACUGUUUUCAUGAAUAUAUUUUUUAAAUAACUAAGUUUUAGUUGAAGUGGAUGUUGCUGACUUUGCUACUAUAUGACUCAUAUUUGUGUCGUUCCGUGUUAAAAUGGAUCUUAGGGUGAUUGUCGCGAAUCACAUGUUUAUUGAAAACGAUAAAAAUUGCGUAAAAUCAAACCCUAAGGUGUAUUUUUAUAUGGAACCACACAUUUAACCAUAAAGUUCGCAAUGUAAAGACAUAAGUAGUUGAUGAAUUUUAAUGUACUUAAUUAGAUUUAUUUCAACUAAUAAUAAUAUUACUUAAGUAGAAAUUGUGCAUAUCAAAUAACGUUUAAUGUUUAAUUUAUUUUAUCUUAGAGAUAAUUAAGCCAUAUAAUUGAACUUAACUUGUCAAACUAAUGUCAAUUUGCUGUCCGCUCAACAUAUAGUCUAUUUUUUUAUACCGUAGACUAAAAUGACAUUUCAUGUGUUGCUAGUUUUUGCGUCUUAUAAAUAGUGAUGUGCUACAACCGGUACUAACAGAAAAUAAACUAUUGGGAGGUAUUUAUAUAGGUGAUGGCACUUCAUAUUCACAUUUGUUUUUUGCCUCUGUGUUCACACAUUUACUAUCAUAAAUUUCUCGCCUUGGCUGAGGGGCUUAACUUUUCGUUUUUUCCGAGGCGAUAGCACUUCUUAGCCGCGUCCAUGCGACGAAGUAGAUGGGCGAUUAGGAUCCAUGUAUAUGGAAACUAAACUUAACAAUAAUGCAGCAAACGUAACAAAAUAAUAACUAACUAAAAUCAACAAACGUCACAAAAAAAGUCAACAAAAACGUACUGAUCACAUUCGAUCACUAUACGAGUAAAGUAACGAAUACGAAUGUAGAAUACGUAAACCAAAAAUACCAAAAUAGCGUUGCAUCAAAUUGGCGAUACGUCAAUGUCAUUUUUUAAAUGUUUGAGUAGAUUAGUAGUGAGUAGAUUUUAUUUAUUGUUUAUUUCCUAUCAUAUAGUGAGUAGAUUUCAUUUAUUGUUUAUUUUGAAUCUAAAAUUAAUUUAAUAUUUAUCGGUUAUUGACAAACCGAAAUCAAAGAUCAGCACUAUUUGUUUUAAGCUGGUCACAUUAUUUCUACGUUUGACAUUUCCGGUUGUCAUUUUAGUCUACGGAAUAAAAGAACAGACUAUAAUUCGUUUAAAUACACAUACAUUUUGAACAAACAAUAAUACUUUUUAAUUCAAUUUUUUUUUUGUAAAAGGGACAGCUUAAAAUUUUUCUUAUGAAAGUCAUCCCGUAUUCUUGCCUAAUUAUUUAUUAUUAAUUUAAUUUAAAACACUAUUUAUGUUAAUCAAGUCUUAAGAACUUACUAACACAACUUAAUAGAUGUUAAGAAAAAUGACAGCUGGGUUGUCAAAUUGUUAGAAUUAUAAACACUCCCAAUGCCUCGAAAUAUUUCAAAAAUGUCUUAUAUUAAUGACAAAUAAUUAUUGUAACAUGUAACCAUAUCUAUUAGUGAACUAUCUAAAUUUGUAAUGUAGGAAAUAUUCAAAAUAUAUAAAAUAUGUAUUGAAAUAUCUUCUCUUGUACCACUUUUUCAAUUGAACAUGACUCAUACAAUUUGUUACCAUACAAUAUUUAUUCUUAUUUAAUAAAUGCUUUUUGCAUUUUAAAAUUUAGCAAAGUGCUAAAACUUUUUUUUCUGUGUUUAAUAGAUAUAUAUUUGAUUGUUUAAUGAACAUAUAUUUUUUUCGUAAAACAUGACUAAAGCUAAAUAUCAGACGGUGUCUAAGAAUUUAGAAAAUAAUGUUUUUUGAUAUAUGGCAACAGAUUGAUUCAAAAUGUUAUAGACAAUAUUUAUUUCAGUUGCUAUUAAUUUAUUAUAAAAAAUUUAUGCUUUUUUAUAUUUUCUUAUUGAUUACUUUAAUUUAUUAAUACGCUAAUAAUAUAUGCACCAAGUGUUUGUCUAAAAUAUUUCUUGCCAAUGUCACUUUUAUAUAUGUAUGUAUAAAACAUAUAAGUAUCAUUUUCGGAUAAAAUGCACCACAUUGUCGGAACUCGAUAAGGCGCUAAAGAUUUAAAGAUUCGAUUUAGAAUUUACACACAACUGACGAUGUGGUACCUUUUUUUGGAAGACGUCUUUUUUUUUAUAGGUACUUCGUAGGUUGUUGGUCGGCUGUGAUCAACAAUAAUAUUGUACAAUAAAUGUCCAGGUCAAUUGAAAUCAAAAAUUUAAAUAAAAACUAGAUACUUCCGCUAAGAAAUAACAAGUAUCUCAAUACUAGGUCUAUUAUUAUGUAUCAUAAAUAAUGUAUGAAAUUCACCCGAGGAAAUAAUUUCUGAGUUUGAUUUCAUAUGUGGCUUUCGAUCAUAGAAUGCUCCAUGUACAAUUGAACAUAUUAAGAACCAUUCUAUGGUGGAAAGGUUCCAACCACUCACUUGCUUCAUAUUUUCCAGUGACCUCUAUUAUUAUAAUAAAAUAAGGGUGACAGCUGGUAACUAUAGUUACCAAAAGCAAUUGAGUGGUUAUGCACAUGAAGCAUAAGGAACCUUCUCUGAAGGAAUUUCUAUUGAAGCAGUGUUAAAGGGUUAGACGGCCACACAAUGUAUAUUUGUUUGACUCGAUGUUUCGAACGGGUCACAGUGCUCAUAGAUCAGAUAUCAUGAGUGGGUCUCGGAAGUUAAGUUGCUGCAACACGGCCGAAACAUGGAGGUGAAAAUGCAUUCAAGUCCCGUCUAUUUUGAAUUAUUUGUUGCAUUGGAAGUUUAUGUCGACGUGAGAAAUGUAUGGUAUCUUUUAUAGUCGUUCGUUUGUAGCUGGCCCCGAACGCCUAAUCUUUUGUCUAUUGUAAGUAAAACCGCACGUUCUACUUACCUACAUAAAAAAGAGUCUGGUUCGCUUUAACCGGUUAUUGAAUUACGACUCUAUGGCAAUUACAAUAAGAUUCAAAAUGAACUAAUGGAGGCUGUCGAACGAGUCGAACGCUACAGAACCAGUCUAAAAUGUGUCAUCGAGAUUCGUAAUAAAGGCGCGUUAUCGGAGAGUGCACUUACACUGGUUUUUUAGCGUAGGACUAGCCCGCGCUCAGGUGCCAAUUAGAAUUAUUUUUUGCAGGUAGUAGCACGUGCGUUUUUACUUACAAUAGACAAAGGAAUUAGCCGUUCGGGGCCAGCUACAAAACGAACGACUAUGUAUAGUCGUACGGGUAGCGUGUUUCAUUUCCUUUUAGUAUUUAAGACGGAAGAGUCAAUGCAAAUAUGCAAUGUAAUUGAACGCAUUUUAAAGCUAAUUUGUGAUUGUCAGAUGUUUUAAAUCAAUUUGAUUUUCUAUCUUAACGCAAACAAAACAAAAUUAAAGUUUAAAAUAUUCCGAACAAUGGUACAAACUGGUAUGAUUGUUACAACACAUGAACAUAGUAUGUAAUCAUAAUAAACCAUCUGUCAAUAAAGAACGAAGGGUUCACUGAUUCUAUUAUGUAAUGUCAUUUAAAUUCAUGCUACGAAAUUGACAGCGGAUAUCAAUGGCGCUGUACAGCUCCAUAGAUUAUGCAGUAAUUCAAAUACCACAAAAACAUACUGCGCCGGACAGCAUCAUCUACUCCAGCUAUCAAAUUCGGAUCAUUCUUAGACUUUACACAUCUUAUACAAUCAAUGCAUCUUUACUAAAGGUAGUAUUGUAUCGCUAUUAGAAACAUUCCAAUGUAUAAAGAGCUUAUUAUAAUAGUGACUGUAAAUAGUGUUUGUUAUUCCUUUCUGUUGUUAUUUGGUUAUCUUUUAUAGGACGCUGUAUGAUAACGGUUUCGUUGAAUUGUUUUUCAUUUAUUAUUUAAUCAUUAUAAUGCUGGUAACAUUUUUUAAAUGCUACGGUCUGCAACGGUGCACGUUACUCUCGAAUGCUAACCGCUUUACUAGAACCCAUUUCUCGAACGGUAUUAGUAUAAUAUGUCUUUCCCAUCACGGAACAAUGGUGUUCCGGACCUUUGGGAGGCGUGCGCGGAGCCGAAGCCAACACGUACAGGCCCUUUUGACACUUUAAUGAAAUGUAAGGGGUACACCUAGCGGAUGUUGCCCUUGCCCGUGUCAUGGGACGCACGCAGAGGCAGCACCCGCCAGGGUGUAAGGUCUAUUUGAGAGUUGAUGGAAUCUAAAAUGAACUGGGCUAUUGGGUGAAAGCGAUGGACUAAAUACUGGGCUAUGGGAUAAAAAACCGGACGCCUGCCUAAUAAAACGGUAUUCAAUUUUAUUAGUCUAAUAUUAUUAGUAUGUUGCCAUGGUAACCCAUAUGACUAACAGUGGCCCAUUUCUCGAACGGUAUCAGACUAAUAUUAUUAGUCCACGAACUGUCAAGUCGUAUGGGUUACCAUAGAAACCCACUAAUAAUAUUAGACUAAUACCGUUCGAGAAAUUGGCUCCAGUUCGUGGACUAAUAAAUUAAUAAUAUUUUGCUAAUACUUUUCGAGAGUUGGGCCCCUGGUUGAAACGUUGGCUUGUAAAUAUAUUUGUGUACUCGACUGUACCUACAGUAUUUCUUUUUGUCAGAAUUUCAUGUAAUGGCUGAAUUUUUAUUCCCUGGGGCCUAGCCAAGAUGACAAUCGUAUAUCGCCAAACGCCAAACGAAUAUAAAAAAGUACCCGAAUGACAGAUGCUAAUAUAUUUUUAAUUAAUAAUUUUUUGACGACCGAUCUGGCCUAGUAGGUAGUGACCCUGCCUAUGAAGCCGAUGGUCCUGGGUUCGAAUCCCGACAGGGGCAUUUAUUGCGAGAACGGAUAUUUCUUCCUGAGUCAUGGAUGUUUUCUAUGUAUUUAAGUAUUUGUAUAUUAUAUAUAUCGUUGUCUGAGUACCCACAACACAAGCCUUCUUGGCUUACCGUGGGACUUAGUCAAUUUGUGUUAAGAAUGUCCCUAUAAUUUUUAUUUAUUUAUUUAAUUAUGUAAGUUUUACCGUUUCUAUCAUCUUGGCUAGGCGCCCAGGGUGCGUAGCGUAGCCAAGAUGCCAAUCGUUUUCGCUCCGUAGCGAACGAAACGUCAAUGUCUCUGUCGCACUAAUAUGGAAGAGUAAUAGAGAUGACUACGCUACGCUACGGAGCUUAAACGAUUGUAACCUUGGCUAAGCACCCAAGUCUUAUUGAACUUUUGUUAUUAAAUCGUGAAAAACAUAACUUAUGAGUUAUAACUCGCAGACUUGUAUCAUAAGUGUUUUAUGUUUUCGCUUUUCGUAGAAAAUUAGGAAAUUGUGUUUGCCGUUGCCAUCGAAUUGGUUCAAAAAUAUAAUGGUAUUUUUUAGGUACAGGGUGAAAUUUUAACCACCAGCUAUACUCUGCGUAGUGACUUUAUAGGGUAUACUGAAUAACUUUUAUUACGGGACCAAUGCCGAAAACGCGAAAAAAAAAUAGGCUGUCCCAUAGAAAUCAACGGCACCAUAUCAGCCAGAAUAUAUGAAACAGCCAAAUUUUUUUAAGCUGUUUCAGCAUUGGUCCCAUAUUGAAAAGUUGUUCAGCCAUAUAAAGCCACUAGCAGAGUAUGCGGUGGUUAAAAUAUCAUGUCUAAAGCUGUAGAGAAAAAUAUUGCCAGCAUUAUUUUUUCGUUUUUUGAUUGAUUACAUUAUUAUGAAUGUAUGUAUGAAUAGCGUAAGCUCCGUAUGUAUACCCGCGGUAGAGUAGGAGGUAGUGAAUGCACUCGUGAAUGACAAUAAAGCGUCUCAAACAUU